GGCCCAGUAACAGAGAUACCCCAGAGAGAUGUCCCCGUCCUCUGUAUUUCCAGGACUGUACAGAGGAGAAUCACAGGAUCCCACAGGAGGAUCAGGUAGAACGUCUGUCUAAUAUUAAAACAGAAGAUAUAGAAGGAGAAGAAGAGACGUAUGUGACUGAUAUAAAGACAGAAGAUAUAGAGGGAGAAGAAGAGACGUAUGUGACUGAUAUAAAGGCAGAAGAUAUAGAGGGAGAAGAAGAGACGUAUGUGACUGAUAUAAAGGCAGAAGAUACAGAGGGAGAAGAAGAGACGUAUGUGACUGAUAUAAAGGCAGAAGUUAUAGAGGGAGAAGAAGAGACGUAUGUGACUGAUAUAAAGGCAGAAGAUACAGAGGGAGAAGAGACGUAUGUGACUGAUAUGAAGGCAGAAGAUAUAGAGGGAGAAGAAGAGACGUAUGUGACUGAUCUAAAGGCAGAAGAUAUAGAGGGAGAAGAAGAGACGUAUGUGACUGAUAUGAAGGGAGAAGAAGAGAUGUAUGUGACUGAUAUAAAGGCAGAAGAUAUAAAGAGAGAAGAGACGUAUGUGACUGAUAUGAAGGCAGAAGAUAUAGAGGGAGAAGAAGAGACGUAUGUGACUGAUAUAAAGGCAGAAGAUAUAGAGGGAGAAGAAGAGACGUAUGUGACUGAUAUAAAGGCAGAAGAUACAGAGGGAGAAGAAGAGACGUAUGUGACUGAUAUAAAGGCAGAAGUUAUAGAGGGAGAAGAAGAGACGUAUGUGACUGAUAUAAAGGCAGAAGAUACAGAGGGAGAAGAGACGUAUGUGACUGAUAUGAAGGCAGAAGAUAUAGAGGGAGAAGAAGAGACGUAUGUGACUGAUCUAAAGGCAGAAGAUAUAGAGGGAGAAGAAGAGACGUAUGUGACUGAUAUGAAGGGAGAAGAAGAGAUGUAUGUGACUGAUAUAAAGGCAGAAGAUAUAAAGAGAGAAGAGACGUAUGUGACUGAUAUGAAGGCAGAAGAUAUAGAGGGAGAAGAAGAGACGUAUGUGACUGAUAUAAAGGCAGAAGGUAUAGAGGGAGAAGAAGAGACGUAUGUGACUGAUAUAAAGGCAGAAGAUACAGAUGGAGAAGAAGAGACGUAUGUGACUGAUAUAAAGGCAGAAGAUAUAGAGGUAGAAGAAGAGACGUAUGUGACUGAUAUAAAGACAGAAGGUAUAGAGGGAGAAGAAGAGACGUAUGUGACUGAUAUAAAGGCAGAAAAUAAAGAGGAAGAAGAGACGUAUGUGACGGAUAUAAAGGCAGAAGAUAUAGAGGGAGAAGAAGAGACGUAUGUGACUGAUAUAAAGGCAGAAGAUACAGAGGGAGAAGAAGAGACGUAUGUGACUGGUAUAAAGGCAGAAGAUAUAGAGGCAGAAGAAGAGACGUAUGUGACUGGUAUAAAGGCAGAAGAUACAGAGGGAGAAGAAGAGACGUAUGUGACUGAUAUGAAGGCAGAAGAUAUAAGGAGAGAAGAAGAGACGUAUGUGACUGAUAUAAAGGCAGAAGAUACAGAGGGAGAAGAAGAGACGUAUGUGACUGAUAUAAAGGCAGAAGAUAUAGAGGGAGAAUAA